AUCCCUGGGGCCUGGGAUGCUUGAGAGAAUGCGCUGUUGUUGAAUGAGCCAACAUGGCAGCGGGCAGCAAUGGCCGGCAUUUGCUACUUGCUUGCGGUUCCAACGCGGCCGGGCAGCUCGGUCUCGGGCAUUGCAGCGACGCUCACCGCCUUGCGCGCUGUCGAUUGUCUCGAGGACGCGACGAUGCUGAGAAUCGACAUGACGGUGAUGAUAGCGAGCACUUCCCACCCGAAGGCUGGAAAGUGCAACAGCUUGCCUCUGGGGCCAAUCACACCAUAGCACUGCUCGCGUCGAGCCGUGAUCCUCAAUUGAAGGAUCUCUGGUUCGCGGGUAACACCUCCCUCGGACAGUGCGGCCCACCGAAUAUCAAUGACGCGUGCAAGCAUAACUUCGACGAGGGAUCAUCGGCAUUUUUCAAGGUCAAUUGGAGACAGUGGCUCGUUGAGGCCGGACAUGGUGCUGCCCAAGCAGACACUUACCGUCCAAAUUUUGUUGGAUGCGGCUGGAACUCCACCUUCAUCAUAUUCGUUCAUUUGCGAGAAGAAACAGACGACCUCAUCGUUUCGCUCGGAAGUGAAAAUGACUUCAACGAGCUAGGCUGUGGGCAGACCGGUGCAGCUAGCAGGUCUGUAUUAACCAAUACGAUUCGCUUUCUUCCAAUCCGCGCGGCUAUCCUCCCUGAGUUAGCCGACAACUCAGAGGCUUUUUGCUUGCGAAUCCAUUCACUGGUUAGCGGGCUUCGCCACGCUCUUUGCCAUGUCAGCUACGUCAAGUCAGGUGGAACGCAAACGUGCCACAAGGUCAUUGGCUGGGGGGCUGCGAGGCACGGUCAGCUCUCGCUCGCUUCGCCUCAGCAGGACGGUGGAUCCCGGGGAGCCAGCGCAGACAAGCCAAAGGUGCAGUGGUUGCCUAAGUCCAUCCUUACGCUGUGCACCGAUGGCACCGAGAGCAUCUCGAUCAGCGUCGCAGCUGGAAAGCGACAUAGCGCGGUCCUGAUCAAGCGUGGCGGGAAGCACAAGCUGUAUCUAUGCGGCACUGCUGCGAAAGAAGCCGGCGAUCGAGUAGCCGAAAGCAGCAUCUUGGACGUUAGCUGCUGCUGGGAUACCACGGUAUUGCUUCUGUCGAAAGGUGAUGGUAGGCGCGUGCUCGCAACUGGAGCAAACUCCAAGGGUCAACUCGGAAACGGAACAUUCAACGCAACUGGCCUUGAUGAUGCUCUGCUGCCUGUGGACGCGAUCACAGAGCACAUUGCCUGCGGCAGUGAGCAUGUUGUCGCUCUUCUGACAGAAAGGAAUCACAGCCGCCGCAGGGUUGUCGCAUGGGGAUGGAACGAGCACGGUAACCUUGGCCAAGGUGACGAAGAGGACCGGAGCCUUCCACAACCCAUACUCCACGACGAAGAAGGGCAAGUCACCGACGUUUGGGCAGGAUGCGCGACUACUUUCCUUCAAGUACAGCUUAACCAAGGUGAUCAGAGCGACGAAGAGACUGUUAAGGCUUGCCGUACAUUGCCAAAGGUCGAGCUGCAUGCACAUUUGAACGGCUCAAUCCGGAGAUCGACGCUUGCCGAGCUAGCGAAAGCAGCUGGGCUAGACGACAAGGCGGCGCACAUUGCCAAUAACGACGCAAGGACCCUAUCACAGAUGUUCGCCGUAUUCGACGUCAUUCACAAGUCUGUGCGCGGGAAAACAAAUAUCAUGCGAGUGGCGCGCGAGGUGCUAGAGGACAUGGAAGCCGACAGCGUUGCGUAUGUGGAGAUUCGUACGACACCGAAAGCACAGCCGGAUCACGGCCUCACUGAGGAGGACUAUUGCCAUGCGGUCCUGGAAGGUAUGGAGGAUUACGCAAGCAGCCGAGCAAGGUCUAAGAAACGAACCGUCGCAAGACUUUUGCUCUCGAUAGACCGACGGGCGGGCAGAGUUGCAGCAAAGCGAUGCGUGGAGCUUGCUCUUCAAUUUCGCCGUCGCGGUGUUGUUGGAAUAGACCUCAGCGGGGACCCAAGCAAGGGUGAAUGGGACGAGUGGAAAGAAGCAUUGACGACAGCAAAGGCCGCUGGACUCCGUGUCACGCUGCAUGCCGGCGAAUUGCCUGACCGUGAUCAGGAGAUGCAAGAAAUGCUCGAUUUUCGGCCUGACAGGUUUGGGCACGUUUGCUUCAUCUCCGCGGAGAAUGAGCAACGGCUGCAAGAGCUUAACAUUCCCGUCGAGCUUUGCUUGACAUCCAACAUCCUCUCGCGAAGCGUUGCACGGUACGACUUGCAUCAUUGCCAGAGCUACCUGCAGCGCUGGCAGCUGGGCAGAGAAGGAGGCGGGCCAAUUUUGACAUCUGGCCCUCCGUCACGACCUCGAUUUUCGGUUUGUACGGAUGAUAGUGCUGUUUUUGGCAGCUCCCUUUCGGAAGAGUAUUUAAUCAUCAAGAAGACUUGGCCGGUGUUGGGCAUGGACGAUUUCCGCCAGUUCAAUCUAAUGGCUUUGGAAGAUUCAUUCAUUGAGGAUGGUCCAGACAAGGCUGCGCUGCUUGGACGCCUUUUGGCUUCUGCGUAGGGCAGACCAU